GCUCUUUCCUUCGGUGGGAAAAUUCCUGCUGGAACAUCCACGGUGGAUUUGAACUCGGGAAUUGUAGUGGAAAAGCAGUAAUCUCCAAAACACGCCGGGGGAUUUUCUCGUCUGUUCUUCCUCAUAUUGUUCAGAAAAGCAUCAUGUUGAUGUGGAUUAUGGCUUCCUGAUCAGAUCUUCCUUACCACUAUCUUCUCUAUCCCUGGACUCAUCAUUGGCUCAGUGAUGAAUCACACACCCAGCCCCCACAUGACAGAGGCCGCCAAGUCUGGGGCGGGCUUGUUGUGCGGCCUGGGCCUUGGCCCAGAUCGGGUGCGAUCCCCGGACAGCCUGACCCACACACCCAGCCCGUCAGGGGGAACGCCCAGUUCAAGCCCUCCUCUGCUGCUGUCUCCAGGGCUGGGCUGUGAUGGUGUUGGCGACUGGGAGAGCCGUGAGGAGCUGCGUCUGCGCGAGCUGGAGGAGGCUCGGGCACGGGCAGCUCAGAUGGAGAAGACAAUGCGCUGGUGGUCGGACUGUACUGCCAACUGGAGGGAGAAGUGGAGUAAGGUGCGGGCCGAACGCAACAGGGCACGGGAUGAGGUCAGGCAGUUGAGACAACGUCUGGAUGCCCUUACCAAAGAGCUGACGGGGGCACGACGGGAGCGCCAGGAGCUGGCGGCGGAAAACGAACAACUACGUCUGGAAGCCCAAAGAGUCAGAGCUGAACAGAACUCUCCAGAGAAUGCUUCCACUGCACCAGCAUCCAACUCUUCAACUGCCUCCACACACUCAAACCAGCCAAGGGAACCAGACAUCAAGCAUAACAAUCAGGACGACGAGAAUGUGAGAGAUGGGCCAGGCUCUCCAGAGCAGGAACCUGUGAGAGAUGUAGGCACUGAUAAACUAGACAGGCAAAAGGAGUUGGAGUUAUUGGAGGCUCUUCUCAGGGCGAAGUCAGAGGCUCCAGACUCAUGGGACGUUCGCAGUGCCAGUAGCUUGCGCUCAGUUCUCAGUCGGCAGGACCGGAGCAGACUGCUGUGGGAGGAUCUGGCUGCCCUGGAGGAGGACUCCAGCAAGCUCAAUGCUCUCCAACUACGCCUGGAUGAGUCCCAGAAAGUCCUGCUGAAAGAAAGAGAGGAUAAACAUGCACUCAUUAAGAACAUUGAGAAACUGGAGGCAGAGCUGAGCCAAUGGAAACUCAAAUAUGAGGAACUGAACAAAAGCAAACAAGAGGCCCUAAAACAGCUGAAUUUGUUGAAGGAGGUGCAUCAGGAUGAGCUGGGCCGCAUGUCUGAAGAUCUGGAGGACGAGCUGGGAGCUCGCACCAGCAUGGACAAGAAACUGGCAGAGCUCCGUACAGAGAUGGAGCGUCUGCAGGUGGAGAAUGCAGCAGAGUGGGGUCGUCGGGAGCGGCUGGAGACUGAAAAGCUGGCUCUGGAGAGGGAAAACAAAAAGCUGCGCGCCCAGAUGGAAGACCUGGAGGAGCAGCUGGCACGCAAGCGCCGGCAGGCCGCCAGCGCCCUGGACACCGACCUCAAGACCAUCCAGUGUGAGCUGUUUGAGAGGAACAAGGAGCUGGCAGAUUUACGGCACGUCCACUCCAAGGUUAAAAAACAGUACCAGGAGAAGAUGGCUGAGCUAGCACAUGCUAACCGGCGUGUGGAGCAGCAUGAGACAGAAGUUAAGAAGCUCAGACUGAGGGUGGAGGAGCUGAAGAAAGAGCUGGGCCAGGCUGAAGAUGAGUUGGAUGAGGCUCAUAAUCAGACCAGAAAGCUACAGAGAUCCCUGGAUGAGCAGGUGGAACAGUCAGAGAACCUACAAGUUCAGCUGGAGCACCUACAAUCCAGGCUAAGGCGUCAGCAGAAUCCUGGCCUCUUUGGUAAGAUGAGGACUUCAUCUUCUACACGUUUUGGGCCUGAAGACGCAGACGGCCCUCCUAGUGACCCUGAUGAAGAUGAGGAAGAAGAACUGCAACUUCAGAUCCCCUAAACUGUUCACUCCACACCUGGGACUAUAUGAAAGACUCAGAUCGCACCCAAGCAUUUCACCUUCCCUUUCAUUCCAUCUCUCAGCUGAAUCCAGAAGAGGGCACAGACUUCACAAUCCUCAGCAGACAGAUAAACACAACAAUUUUUCAGUCGCCUGUUUUCGACAUCUUAAAAAGUGUGUGCCAGGGCCAAAGCAGUGCUAUUAAGUCUAAAAAAAAUCUGCUUGUGUCUCUCCACCAAUAUGUUGCUGGUUACAGUCCAAGAUGGCACAUAGAUAAUCAAUAUAAGGAUACACAUGGCUUUGUACAGGUCAUAGAUCAUUAAAAGACUAAAUUGUUAUAAUGACUUUUGAAGGUCUCAAGAGCACUAAAAAGCCCAUUUGAUGCCUAGUGACUCCUAGAACGCACAUGGUGAAGUUAGAAGCGGACACACGCGCUGGCACACACAGUUCGCGCCUGACCUGGGAUGGCCUCUAAAAGCACCCAUGCAUCCAUACAGUACCUCUGCGUUUCUGCUUCAUGUACUGUUUACAUGCAUGCUCCCUGCCUCCUCUCUUCAUUUAUUUUCCCAUCACCUGCAUUAUAAUUUUGACUUGUCACCCAUUCAUUUCCACUGUUCCCUUUUGCUCUUCCCAUUCAUUUUGAUUUCCCAUUUAAUCUUUUGUCAGCCCUCCCACACACCCCCAUCCCUUAACACCAACUCUCACAUCAAUAUUCAAAACAACCCAUUCAGAACAUGAUGAUUAUGUUCCCUGUGUCUGAGGAACAUUUCAUUUCUGCUGUGUUGUUACUGAAGAGGCAGGCAAGUGCUUUGUUUUUCGGCAGUAGUCCUGCUUUAAUUGUCCCAAAGUUCUUCUUGGUGACCAUUUAAAUGUGUUUCUGUCUUUGCAGUGGAGGAUUAGUCUUGUUUUAUAUAGGAAGUAGAGACGGGGGAACCGUGGGUAGUUUGUGAACGAGUCUGUUGGAUUCUUAUUAAAGGUAUACAAGCGUAAUUGCUUUCCCCUUUUGCAUUGAACCGUUGAAAGGGACCGGUGCAUGAGGGAACAUUUUAACAAAUGUUCUGUUAAUGUUAAACUUUUAAGCAAUAUGAUACUGUCUACAUCAGCAAUGGGGACCAAUACUGACUCAUCUUCAACUGGGACAUUUGUACUGGUCAUAUUAAAGUAUUUAUCAGAUGUUCGUUUUUUUUACCUAAGUGGCCUGUAUUACAGUUUUUGUAUUUGUUUGUGUUUGUAUUUUACCUCUAUAAAUGUUAAGUGUAUAUACAGUAAA